CACGGCGCGUUGCGCAGUCUCCCUGGCAGCAGCUGAGGCCGUUUUGUCGAAGAUGGCGGAUUCGCUGACAGGUCUGGGCGAGGAAAAGGAAAAAGAAAAGGAAGACAAGGAGAGAGAUACCAAGACUAACAAUGCGGAGCAGAAUAAACAGAAAGAGGGAGUUAACGAAACGCUUGGGUUACAUGAGAAAAAUGGCGGUACUAGAGGCGAAAAAGGGAACCUGUCAGACCUUUCUCUAAUCAGGUUUAUAACCACCGAGCUAACAAGAGGCUACUUUCUUGAACAUAACGAGGCCAAAUACACAGAGCGUAGAGAGAGGGUGUACACCUGCCUCCGCAUACCCAAGGAGCUGGAGAAGCUGAUGACUUUCGGCUUCUUCCUCUGUCUGGAUACGUUUCUCUACGUGUUCACCCUGCUGCCCCUGCGGGUGAUUCUGGCCCUUUUACGAGUCAUAACUGUGCCGUGCUGCGGCCUCGGUGGCUCCCGCUUGCUCCAGCCGGCCCAAGUGUGUGACGUCCUGAAGGGCUUCAUCAUGGUGCUGUGUUACUCAAUGAUGAGCUACGUAGAUUAUGCCAUGAUGUACCACCUCAUACGGGGGCAAUCUGUCAUCAAACUCUACAUCAUCUACAAUAUGUUAGAGGUUGCAGAUCGCCUUUUCUCUUCUUUUGGCCAAGACAUCCUGGAUGCCCUGUACUGGACAGCAACUGAGCCAAAGGAGAAGAAGAGAGCGCCUAUAGGAGUUAUUCCUCACUUCUUAAUGGCUGUGCUCUACGUCUUCCUUCAUGCCCUUCUUAUCAUGGUUCAGGCUACAACACUAAACGUUGCAUUCAACUCCCAUAACAAGUCUCUGCUCACCAUAAUGAUGUCAAACAAUUUUGUUGAAAUCAAAGGAAGUGUGUUUAAGAAGUUUGAAAAGAACAACCUCUUCCAGAUGUCUAACAGCGACAUAAAGGAGAGGUUCACCAACUAUAUCCUUCUGCUCAUCGUGUGUCUGAGAAACAUGGAGCAGUUUUCAUGGAAUCCCGACCACUUCUGGGUCCUCUUCCCAGACGUACUCAUGGUAAUAACCUCAGAGGUCGCCGUGGAUGUUGUCAAGCAUGCCUUUAUCACCAAAUUCAAUGACAUCAGCGCUGAUGUAUAUGGAGAAUACAGAGCCAGCUUGGCCUUCGACCUCGUCAGUAGUCGACAGAAAAAUGCUUACACCGACUACAGCGACUCGGUGUCCAGAAGAAUGGGCUUCAUCCCACUUCCUUUAGCUUUGCUGCUGGUUAGAGUCGUGACAAGCUCAGUGAAGAUCCAGGGUUCACUUUCCUUCAUGUGUGUGCUGCUGUUUUACUUGGGGAUGAUCACUUUAAAGGUUCUCAACAGCAUCGUUCUCCUGGGAACGUCUUGCAUGUUUGUCAAAGAGGCCAAGAUGGAAGAAAAACUAUUCGACCCUCCUCCUUCGGUCUCCUCCAGCCGUGCAAACUCCAGAGCCAACCGCGCCAAAAAUGCUCAAGCUACACCUCAACAAGAGAUUACGUCAGACAAAGCAGGAGUAUCACCGGCAUCGGGCAUUUCUCUACUCACAGAUAAACCAGAGAGCGCCUCCUCCACAAUCCUAAAGAGUGACUCAGACACAUUCCUGACAACACUGGAUGAGGACGAAGAAGACAAAGUCAUCAACACUGACACAGGACUGGAGGAAGAUGGGCUUAAACUCAGAACACCCAAGAAAGACUUAUUGGAGAUAGACCGAUUCACCAUCUGUGGGAACCGGAUAGACUGAACG